AUGGGUCGUGGGAAGAUAGAAAUCAAGAGGAUCGAGAACCCGACCAACCGCCAAGUUACCUUCUCGAAGAGGCGAGGAGGGCUGCUAAAGAAGGCCAAUGAGCUCGCGAUACUAUGCGAUGCACAUGUAGGACUUGUGAUCUUCUCCAACACAGGCAAGAUGUUUGAGUACUGCAGCCCACACUUGAGCAUGAGGCAACUCAUAGAUAGGUAUCAAAGAACCACUAACACUGGUUUUGAGGAGACCAACAACCAACAGCAUAUGAUUUUUGAGAUAUCCCGGAUGAGAGAUGAAAACCGCAAGCUUCAGGACAGCAUGAGGCAGUUCAUUGGGGAAGACUUGGCUUCCAUGACUUUGAAUGAGCUGAAUCAACUGGAAGAGCAGCUUGAGUUCUCUGCCAACAAAGUUCGAGCAAGAAAGCAUCAUUUGCUGGAUCAACAACUGGAAAAUCUGCGCCGAAAGGAACACAUUUUAGAAGAUGAGCAUCAACACCUUUGCCGCAUGAUAGCAGAGCAUCAGAUGGCCAUAGAACAGCAAGCACAGCAGGUGGAGGUGAUGGAGCACAAGGUGGGGGAUGUGCCGAUGCUCGAACACUUCGGCCACUUCUACGCCGAGGAGACAUCGAGGAACUUGCUGCAGCUCUCGCCGCAGCUUCAUGAGUUCCGGCUGCAGCCGACCCAACCCAACCUGCAGGAUGCCGCCUUCCAAGCCGGCCACGGCCUCCAGCUUUGGUACAUGAUCUAUCUAUAA